AUGUUCGUGCAGAAAAAAAAGCUGAUUGAACAUGUGCUGGCAAUGCGUGGCGAAGGGGCCAGCAGUGAUGAAGAAGAGGAAGAAGAGGACCAGGGAGAUAUUUUGCAGCGCCGACGCGAAGAAUGCGAACGCAAGGCCCGCCGUGGGGAGAUGGAUCCCCGACUGGAGUUCACCUUCCAGUUGUUGAUCGACGCCACUCAGUUGCCCAGACAUCAGCUCAUGGAUUACAUAUUCGAAGGGGAUAUGCUCGAUGAAAUCAAUCAGCUAUUUUUGCCGAAUAUGAAAAACAAGCUGCUCUGGUUUUAUCAGGAAGUGGAUGAACCGGAGCCUACACCGACUCCAGACGCAAAUAAGCCGGGACCGUCAAGAAGUGGCAUUGCAUCCAGCAGUUCUAAGACGCCGCAAGGUGGCGCCUCUCCGAGUGGUAUGCCUCCGCCAAAGCAAAAGAAGUUAUUCCUGACGGAUGGUUGGACCUGCGCCUUUACAGGUGUUUGUAUUUAUAUCUUUCGAGUGAAUACGUCCAAGCAGCUUCCGGAAGAGGGAUUCCAAAAGGAUUUGUACUGUGGUGUAAUCGAUGCCAAGAACAUUGGCCUGGUCACUUCCAUUGAGCGAAUCGUUGAGUUUGUAUUCAUGCAGGCCCUGGCCUUUCCCAGUUUGGAAGGCGAUGAGGAGGACGUUAGCUGCGGUCUUAUCAAAGGGCAGCUCCUUCCAGGACUGCGAUCAUUCUGCAGUGCGUUGCGCGUCUGCGAGCAGGUGUGCGAUCAUCACAACGUAUUUGCCGAUGGCUGCGAUAUGUUUGAGAAAAUCGAUCUGGUGGAUGAGGUCAAAGACAUGUCCAAGAACCAAGAGUUUUGCACACAGCUCGAGGAACGUGUCAAUAACUGGACCAAGGGGAUAUUGAAAAUCCUUGGCGAAAGCGAACAGCUCCGUAAGGAGAACGAUCACAGUGGUCCACAGGACGAGCUGGAGUACUGGAAGAAACGUGGCGCGCAGUUCUCACAGCUUCUGGCCCAUUUGCAAGACAAAGAAGUGCAGUUUACUCUGCAUUGUCUUUUUUUGGCGGGCUCCCGCAUUAUUAGGCAAUGGAAGGAAACCGAUCGUAAAAUAACCUUUUGCUAUAAUGAGGCGCGGGACAAUUCCAAGUUUAUACAAGCCAUGGAAACGUGCUGUCACUCGCUGUACCUGGACGACCCUGUAAGCAUGAAGGAGUCCAUCUUAAGUCUACUGCAAACGGUGCGACUGAUUUACAGUGUAUCCCAGUUCUACAAUACAUCAGAAAGAACAUCAGCACUGAUGGUUAAAAUAACAAACCAAAUGAUCGAGACCUGCAAGUCCUACAUUACUUGUCGUUGCAAGGAGACUAUUUGGUCCCAGGAUCGCAGCUUAAUUCGAACAAAACUCAGCAACUGCAUUAAACUGAACCACAUUUACCACGAGACGUACUACACGGUGCGCGAGCAGCCGUUUCUGCCCAAUCAGACACCAUUUGGGUUCUCCGAGAACUUUGUCUUUGGAAAAUUCGAUACAUUCUGCGAGCGCCUUUCGAAAAUUAUAAACAUGUUCAACCUGAUCGAUGACUACAACCAUUUGUUCGAGCGUCGCCUGGAGGGCCUUCUGCUGGGGGAGGCCUUGGAGGAUGCCUCUAAUCAUUUCGAAGAGGCCAAAAAGGAGGUUAUUUCGAAGAAAUAUGACUACCUAGAUCAUCGAAACUCCAACUUCAAUGACGAUUUUGAGAGGUUUAUAAACAAAACCAACUCCCUAAAGGAUACCAUAGCCACGCUGAUUGAAAAGGACUUUGACACGGUCUGGGAGACGCCGCAGUGCAUACGGUUUUUAGUGCGUUUCGAAAAAGUUAGCGAGAAAAUUCCCCUGACCAAGAUGGAUGAGAAAUACACACGGAUAUUGCGUUACGUUGACAAGGAGGUGGAUCGCAUACUGAAAACAUUUCGCAAGCAACGAGACGAUCCCCCGCUGGCGAGAAACUUCCCGCCCAUUGCCGGACGCAUCCAUUGGUGUCGGGCAUUGAGUCUUCAUCUAACAGAGCUCAUAGAUGCGGUGAUGGAUCAUGCGGUGCUGAGUACCCUGCCCAUGGCUAAGGACUUGGACAUGCGAUUCCACAACGUCUUGGGAGUGCUCCAGGAGUACGAGGACGAAAUUGUAUCCAUAUGGCUGGAUCAAGACGUCAGCGUUGCCGAUGCCUGCCUCCUGCAGCCACUACUUUGCCUGCAGGGGGACAAAUUGUUUGUCAAUCUACACCCCACAAUACCAUUGCUGAUCAGAGAAGCCAAAAUGCUGGCCAAGCUAAAGAUCGAGCUGCCGAUUGUGGCCGCCACUCUGAUGAGUCGCCAGCAGUAUUUCAUCACCAUACAGGACUCGUUAAAUUGUCUCAUCAAAAUGUUUCUUUCAACGGUCCGGGCUGUGAAGCUGGAGGUGCGUCCUUUGUUUCUGCCUCAAUUGGUGCGUUUGACGGCGAUGCUGAAGCCAGGACUACAUACCAUAAAUUGGACCAACCAAAACUGGACUGAAUUCUAUGAGCGCUGCAAGCAGGCCAUCGAGAACUUUGAGGUUCUCGUGGCCCGUGUUCAUGACAUCUAUUCCAAUCGCAUACUCCAUGUGCUCAUGUGGAUGCAGGACGUCUCGUUGCAAAUAUUACCAGCAGACGAUGAGAUCUGGACAGUUGAUGAGUUUCUGGAGCGCAGCGAGGAGGCCUGCCGGAAAGCGGCCAUCGAACUGAAUCGUAAAAGUCAAAUGGUCUCCGAGGCGGUGGAAGAGGUUCUAAGUUUGGUGGACAAGGCAACGGCCACAUUCAAGGAGAUAGCAGGGGAUGAUGUGACGACCCUCUUCGAUGCAGUCUCUCCAAAAGGAGAGGCCACUGGAUCAGGCGGACGAAAAGCUGAAGACAGUGCAGGAGCAGCUGCUGCUGGCACCACAAGUGGAGGCGGUGGUGGAGGCGGCGGCGGUGGCGGAGGGCAGCAGCAGGACUGGAGUAUCUUGUGGUCUUGCUUUGAGAAUCCCCUGUCGCUGCUGUCGACCACAGAAAGCCUGCCCAAGGGCAUGCAGGAUAUGGUGUGCAAUGCGGUGGUCGAGAUGCGUCGCUAUUACAGCCGCAAGGUCAUUGACGUACUGAUAAAGGUCAUUCGAGCCGCACUGGAUACACUGAGACGUCGAUUCAUUGCCGAUGAGAAUGAGACGGUUUUCAAAAAGCCGAUAUUUGCGCUGCACGCGCAGCUGCAGAUACCCCAUGUGGUUAUCAAACCGAGUCUGGACGAGCUGCAGGACAUUUUGGUGACGGCUGGCAAGAACAUCACGGGCAUUGCGAAGGGUGUGGCUCAGUGGAGCAGCGGCAAAGAUCCGCCGCAAGUUUCGAUGACGGUGACGCAGCCGCGCGUCGGACGCAACCACAACGAGGCCUCUGGCGGCGCCGGCGGAAAGAGUCGACGUCGCAAAAUCUAUUGUCUGGCCUCCGAGGAACGACCACAGAUGCCGCACAUGCUGAAAAGCUUCUACUCGGCCAUCAUGGAUAACAAAGAGGUGGCCAAGGCUGUCAACCAGCUCUCCAGCUGCACGAAGAACGUAAAGCCAGAGAUUCAAACGUACAUCAAGCGCUGGAAGCCCUACCACUUCCUGUGGAAGAACGAUCGCACCACUCGUCAGCUCAUGGAGUUUGGCCUGCAGGAGUUCGAGACCACCCUGCGCUGUCUAUCCGAUCUGGAUGCCAAUCUGCUGAUUGAGCCAGACAUGGAGGUCUUUGGACAGUGCGUGGCAGUGUAUAAUGAAAGGCUCAAGUAUGGUUUGGCCAUUGAAAUCAAAUCCUGCAACCACAAAAUUGGACAGGCUAUGAAGAAGAAGUACAAGAAGGAAAUGGACUAUGUUUAUGCCGUAAUCAAUGAAAUGGAUCGUAAGCUGGACAGGCCUAUACGUGACUUGGAUGAUGUGCGCAUGAUAAUGGAGACUUUGGGUAAGAUUCGUGAGCAGGAGGUGGACAUGGAACUUCGAAUAGAUCCGAUAGAGGAAGCAUUCAAUGUCCUGACGCGCUAUGAGGUGCAAGUGGAGCGUGACCAGUUCGACCUGGUGGACAAUUUGCGGGCCACAUUCCAGAACUUGUUGGCUGGGGCACUGCAGGCACAGGUGAAGCUGCUGGACAUGCAGCCGGCCUUCCAGGAUGACUUGCGCACCAAUUUGGACAACUUCAAGCAGGACAAGAUCUCGUACGUGACGGAGUAUCGGACGGCGGGUCCUAUGCAGGCGGGGCUGACGCCGAGAGAGGCCUCCGACCGGCUGAUACUGUUCCAGAACCGCUUCGAAGGCAUGUGGCGACGCCUGCAGACGUACCAGAGUGGCGAGGAACUCUUCGGUCUGCCGCAAACGGACUAUCCAGAGCUGGGGCAGAUACGCAAGGAACUGAACCUGCUGCAGAAACUGUACAAACUGUAUAACGAUGUGAUUGACAGAGUGAGCAGCUACUACGACAUACCCUGGAAUGAGGUGGACAUUGAGGAGAUCAACAACGAGUUGAUGGAGUUCCAAAACCGCUGCCGGAAGCUGCCGAAGGGACUGAAGGAGUGGCCCGCUUUCCAUGCUCUGAAGAAGACAAUCGAUGACUUUAACGAUAUGUGCCCCCUACUGGAGUUGAUGGCGAAUAAAGCCAUGAAGCCACGCCACUGGCAACGGAUCAUGGACGUUACUCGCUACAUCUUCGAGUUCGACUCGGAGGGUUUCUCGCUCAAGAACAUAUUGGAGGCGCCGCUGCUCAAGCACAAGGAGGACAUCGAGGACAUUUGCAUCAGUGCCAUGAAGGAGAAGGACAUCGAAGCCAAGCUGAAGCAGGUGACCAAUGAGUGGUCCGUGCACGAGCUGCAAUUCAUGAGCUUCAACAAUCGCGGCGAACUCCUGCUGCGCGGCGACACUACGGCCGAAACGAUUGGCCAAUUGGAGGACAGCCUGAUGGUGCUGGGAUCCCUCCUAUCCAACCGAUACAACGCUCCGUUUCGGAAGCAGAUACAGCAGUGGGUCUAUGACCUCUCCAACUCGAAUGAGAUACUGGAGCGGUGGCUCUUGGUGCAGAACAUGUGGGUCUAUCUGGAGGCAGUGUUUGUUGGGGGCGAUAUUGCGAAGCAACUGCCGAAGGAGGCGAAAAGGUUUUCGAAAAUAGACAAAUCCUGGCAAAAAAUCAUGCAGCGAGCCCACGAGACACCCGGCGUUGUGGCUUGCUGCGUCGGUGAUGAUUUGCUUAAACAGUUGCUGCCUCAUCUGCAGGAGCAACUGGAGAUUUGUCAGAAAUCCUUGAGUGGUUAUCUAGAGCGCAAGCGCAUGAUGUUUCCACGUUUCUUCUUUGUGUCAGAUCCUGCACUGCUUGAGAUACUGGGUCAGGCUUCCGAUUCGCAUACCAUACAAAACCACCUCCUGAAUAUUUUCGACAACACAAAGUCGGUGAAGUUCCACGACGUCGAGUACAACAAAAUGAUGGCCAUCAUAAGCAGCGAGGGCGAGAUGAUCCAGCUGGAUCGCGCCAUCCGUGCGGAGGGCUCUGUCGAGACAUGGCUAACUCAAUUGCUGGUCACAGCACAGCAGUCACUGCACUCGAUCAUUCGCACCGCCUAUGCGACCAUUAACGAUCCAAACUUCACCCUCCUCAGCUUCCUCGAGAAGGCGCCGGCCCAGAUUGGCCUGCUCGGCAUUCAAAUGGUUUGGACGCGAGAUGCAGAAAUGGCUCUGAUGCAGGCCAGACAUGAGAGGAAGGUCAUGUCCGAGACAAAUAACAAGUUCCUCGAGAUCCUCAACACACUCAUCGACCAAACCACUCGCAAUCUGACAAAGCGCGAGCGCACAAACUUCGAGACCCUGAUCACCAUUCAUGUGCAUCAGCGCGAUAUCUUCGAUAUUUUGUGCCGCAUGAACAUCAAAUCAGCAAACGACUUCGAGUGGCUCAAGCAAUGCCGCUUCUACUUCAAAGAGGAUCUGGACAAGACCUGGAUAUCGGUUACCGAUGUCACAUUUACCUACCAGAACGAAUAUCUUGGCUGCACAGAUCGACUGGUUAUCACACCAUUGACAGAUCGUUGCUAUAUCACUUUGGCCCAGGCUCUUACCCUGUCCAUGGGGGGAGCGCCAUGCGGGCCGGCUGGCACUGGAAAAACGGAAACCGUCAAGGAUAUGGGCAAAACGUUGGCCAAGUAUGUUGUCGUCUUUAAUUGCUCCGAUCAAAUGGAUUACAGAGGGCUGGGACGCAUAUAUAAGGGUCUGGCCCAGUCUGGAAGCUGGGGCUGCUUCGAUGAGUUCAACCGCAUCGAGCUGCCGGUUCUUUCAGUGGCCGCUCAACAAGUGGCCGUCGUGCUGACGGCCAAGAAGGAGAAGAAGAAAACUUUCCUGUUCACAGAUGGAGAUACGAUUGAAAUGAAUCCAGAAUUUGGAAUAUUCAUAACUAUGAAUCCCGGGUACGCGGGUCGCAAAGAGUUGCCCGAGAAUCUGAAAAUACAGUUCCGGACCGUGGCGAUGAUGGUGCCGGACAGACAGAUAAUCAUCCGCGUGAAGCUGGCCAGCUGCGGUUUCCUGGAGAACAUAACGCUGGCCCGGAAGUUCUACACACUGUACAAGCUGUGCGAGGAGCAGCUGACGAAGCAGGUCCACUACGACUUCGGUCUGAGGAACAUACUCUCCGUGCUGCGUACGCUCGGGGCAGCCAAGCGGAGGAACUCAAAGGACACUGAGAGCACCAUUGUGAUGCGCGUCCUCCGCGACAUGAAUCUCUCCAAGCUGAUUGAUGAUGAUGAGCCGCUGUUCCUCUCGUUGGUGUCCGACUUGUUUCCCAAUCAGACUCUCGAGAAUACCAACUAUCCGGAGUUGGAGGCUGCCAUUCUCCAGCAAACAGACGAGGCCAGUCUGAUCUAUCAUCCGCCCUGGGUCCUGAAGCUUAUACAGUUGUACGAGACACAGAACGUACGCCAUGGCAUCAUGACCCUGGGCCCGAGUGGAGCGGGCAAAACCACCUGCAUCCACACCCUAAUGAAGGCCAUGACCCAAAUGGGGGAAAACCAUCGCGAGAUGCGGAUGAACCCCAAGGCGAUCACAGCAGCCCAAAUGUUUGGACGCCUCGAUGUGGCCACCAAUGACUGGACCGAUGGCAUCUUCUCGGCCCUGUGGCGCAAGACCCUCAAGCUGAAGGCAGGCGAAAAUGUGUGGCUGGUGCUCGAUGGUCCAGUGGACAGUAUUUGGAUAGAGAACCUCAACUCCGUGCUGGAUGACAACAAAACCUUGACUCUGGCCAAUGGCGAUCGCCUAACGAUGGCGCCAACCGUUAAGAUUAUCUUCGAGCCGCACAACAUCGACAAUGCCUCACCCGCUACUGUUUCACGCAACGGCAUGGUUUACAUGAGCUCUUCUGGCCUGGAUGCACGACCGAUUGUUCAGGCCUGGCUAAAGAAUCGCGCGCCUGGCGAAAAGUCCACGUUUUCCGAUCUGUUCGAUGAGACAUUUGUCGAGGUACACAACUGGGGGGCACAAAUGGUGAAGCUUCAGAUGCCAGUCCUGCAGUGCAACAUAGUGCAGCAGAUGCUGUUCAUUCUGGAGGGCUUGAUACCCGUCAAGAAGGAGGACGAACAGGCUGUGAGCCUCUCGAGCAAGGAGAGCCAUGAUGAGGAUCUGCCCAUUGAGAGCGUUGUCGAGGAGAAAGAGGACACCUGUACACCGGAACACUUGCACCGCUUGUAUAUAUUCGCUCUGGCCUGGGGCCUGGGGGGUUACCUCUCAACAACCGAUCGCGUUCGAAUGAAUAUCUUUGUGAAGGAAUCCUUUCCGCACCUCGACUAUCCGAAGGGUAGUGCUAGCGAGAACACCAUAUUCGACCAUUUCGUUUCUCCAACGGGCGUGUGGCAGUCGUGGAAGACGCUCGUCACACCCUACAUGUAUCCGGAGCUUUCCACACCAGACUACUUGAGUAUUUUGGUGCCCAUUGUGGAUAAUGUGCGUAUCGACUAUCUAAUCGGAACCAUUGCCAAUCAGGAGCGCGCCGUGAUGGUCAUCGGCGAACAGGGUACCGGGAAGACAGUGAUCAUGAAGAACUUCAUGAAGAAGAUGAACAUUGAGACGUACAUGGGGCGAUCCUUCAACUUCUCGUCGGCCACCAGCCCCUACCAGUUCCAGCGCACCAUCGAGAGCUAUGUGGAGAAGCGUGUGGGCGUCACCUUUGGGCCCCCUGGUGGCCGCAAGCUGAUCGUCUUCAUAGACGACAUCAAUCUGCCCGAGAUCAAUGAGUGGGGCGAUCAGGUGACCAAUGAAAUUGUGCGCCAGUCCAUGGACAUGAAGGGCUUCUACAGCCUGGAGAAGCCCGGCGACUUUACCACCAUUGUGGAUGUACAGUAUGUGGCGGCCAUGGGGCUGCCCGGCGGCGGUCGCAACGACAUACCGUCGCGUCUCAAGCGUCAGUUCUGCGUCUUCAACUGCAACAUACCCGACAACGACUCCAUUGAUAAGAUCUUCCGCGUUAUCGGUGAGGGCCACUACAAUGCCAAGCGCGGCUUUGUGCCCGAGAUUCGCAAUUUAGUGAAGAAACUGAUCGUGGUCACGCGGCACCUGUGGCAGCGCACACGCGAGAAGCUGCUGCCCACGCCAGCGAAGUUCCACUACGUGUUCAGUCUGCGCGACCUGUCGCGCAUCUGGCAGGGCAUGGUUGGCACCUUAUCCACAGUGAUCACCUCCGAGAGCGUGCUCAUGGCGCUGUGGAAGCAUGAGUGCACGCGAGUAUUUGCCGACCGAUUCACCACGUUCCAGGAUAGGGAGUGGUUCGGCUCAGAGCUGGCAUGUCUCGUGCGAGAGGAGUUGGGCGAUGCCCAUUCCCAAAUGAUCAUACCCAAUCCGGUAUUCGUCGAUUUUAUGCGCGACGCCCCCGAGCCGACCGGCGAGGAGGGCGAGGACACCGACAUGGAGCUGCCGAAAGUGUACGAGCCGGUACACUCUCAUGAAGUGCUACGCGAGCGUCUCGUUAUGUUCCUCGCCCAGUUCAAUGAAAUGGUGCGAGGAUCUGGAAUGGAUUUGGUGUUCUUCCCGGAUGCAAUGCUGCAUCUGGUGAAGAUCUCCCGCAUCAUUCGGCAUCCGAGAGGAUCGGUCAUGCUUGUCGGGGUCGGCGGUUCUGGAAAGCAGUCGCUUACGAAAUUGGCAUCGUUUAUAGCUGGCUACAAGACCUUCCAAAUUGCGUUGACGCGUUCGUACAAUGUGGCCAAUUUUCUAGAGGAUCUAAAGCUGCUCUACCGCACCUGCGGCGUGCAGGGGAAGGGCACAACCUUUCUCUUCACUGACAUGGAUAUCAAAGAGGAAGGUUUCCUCGAGUAUCUCAAUAACAUACUCUCGAGCGGUGUCAUAUCGAAUCUAUUCUCGCGCGAUGAGCAGGCCGAAAUCGUGCAAGAGCUGACGCCGGUCAUGAAACGCGAAAAUCAACGCAAAACAGCGACCCCGGAAAGUGUGAUGGACUUUUUUCUGGCGCGCACCUGCACCAAUCUGCACGUGGCCUUCUGUUUCUCGCCCGUGGGUGAGACUUUUCGGUCGCGGGUGCAGCGCUUUCCCGCCUUGGUCUCCGGCUGCACCAUUGACUGGCUGCAUCCGUGGCCCAAGGACGCCCUGGUUUCGGUUGCCAGACACUUUCUGAGCCACUUCGAAAUUGAGUGUACGUCGGCCGUCAAGGAAGAGCUGGUUAAUGCGCUCGGCUCCAUACAGGACAUUGUCGCCGAAACGUCACAGGAGUACUUCCAGCGUUUCCGUCGCGCCACGCACGUGACACCCAAAUCUUAUCUGAACUUCAUUGCCGGCUACAAGAAUAUCUAUCAGAUGAAGCAGCAAGAGCUGCGCGAUGGUGUGGAGAAGAUGGAUACGGGCUUGGAGAAACUGAAAGAGGCCUCCGCCUCGGUUGAGAUCCUCAAGAAAGACCUCGUGGUCAUGGAGGAGGAGCUGGUCGAAGCCUCCAAGAACGCUGAAUCGGUGCUGGUGGAGGUGACGGAGCGUGCGAUGCAAGCGGAGAUUGUCAAGAAUCAGGUCCUCAUCGUCAAGGAUAAGGCAGAGGCCCUCGUUGCCUGCAUUGCCCACGAGAAGGCCCUGGCCGAGGAGAAGCUCGAGGCGGCCAAGCCGGCCCUCGAGGAGGCCGAGAACGCCCUCAACACGAUCAAGCCGGCGCACAUAGCCACCGUGCGUAAGCUGGGACGACCCCCCCACCUCAUUAUGCGGAUAAUGGACUGCGUCUUAAUCCUGUUCAAGCGUAAGCUGCACCCGUGCAUACCCGACUCGGGUACACCGUGCCCCAAGCCCUCGUGGCAAGAGUCACUCAAGAUGAUGGCCAGUGCCACAUUUUUGCUGCAACUGCAAAACUACCCGAAGGACACCAUCAACGACGAGAUGAUCGACCUGCUGCAGCCGUACUUUCGCAUGGAGGACUACAACAUGGACAUGGCUCGACGUGUGUGCGGUGAUGUCGCCGGUCUGCUCUCCUGGACCAAGGCCAUGUCCUUCUUCCACAGCGUGAACAAAGAGGUACUGCCCCUGAAAGCCAAUCUAACCAUGCAAGAGGCGCGCCUAAAGCUUGCAAUGGACGAUUUGGCCGGGGCCGAGGAACAGCUUCGAGAGCGUGAGGAUGCCCUGCAGGCGGUAAAGGAUCAGUACGACAAGGCCGUGGGGGAGAAGCAACGACUGAUGGACGCGGCCAAUGUCUGCCUGCGGAAAAUGACCGCAGCCACGGCCCUGAUCAAUGGGCUUUCGGACGAGAAGCAUCGCUGGACCAACCAGAGCAAGGAGUUCAAGAUUCAGCUGGGAAAACUGGUGGGCGAUGUGCUCCUGGCCACCGGCUUUCUCUCCUACUGCGGGCCCUACAACCAGGAGUUUCGGGCCAACCUCAUCAAGACCUGGAUGGGCAUACUGAAGCAGAAGAAUAUUCCCUUCACCAUUGGACUGAACAUCAUAAACAUGCUGGUCGAUUCUUCGACGGUGUCGGAAUGGACACUCCAGGGGCUGCCGAACGACGAGCUGUCCGUGCAGAACGCCCUGAUAGCCACCAAGUCCAGCAGCUAUCCGUUGCUGGUCGAUCCGCAGACGCAGGGGAAGAUCUGGAUCAAGUGCAAGGAGGAUCGCAAUGAGCUGCAGAUCACCUCCCUGAAUCACAAGUACUUUCGCACCCACCUCGAGGACUCGCUCUCGCUGGGCAGGCCGCUGCUGAUCGAGGACGUGGGCAUCGAUCUGGACCCGGUUAUAGACAAUGUCCUGGAGAAGAACUUCAUCAAGUCGGGCAGCAUUGAGAAGGUGCUUGUCGGCGACAAGGAGUGCGACGUAAUGCCCGGGUUCAUGCUCUACAUUACCACAAAGCUACCGAAUCCCGCCUUCAGUCCUGAGGUCAGUGCCAAGACCUCGAUCAUUGAUUUCACGGUCACUAUGCGUGGUCUGGAGGAUCAACUCCUGGGUCGGGUCAUCCUAAUGGAAAAGUCGGAUCUCGAAGCGGAGCGAGUGGCGCUCUUCGAGACCGUCAUGCAGAACCAGCGCAACAUGAAGGAGCUGGAGGCGAACCUCCUGCUGCGCCUGAGCUCCUCCCAAGGAUCUCUGGUGGACGACGAGGCCUUAAUCGAAGUACUGCGGGUGACCAAGACCACAGCCGAGGAAGUCAACCAAAAACUAAAGAUUUCCGAGGUGACGGAGCGCAAAAUAAUGAAGGCACGCGAGGAGUUUCGGGCGGUGGCGAAGCGAGGAUCAAUCCUCUACUUUCUGAUUGUCGAAAUGAGCAACGUGAACGCCAUGUACCAGAACUCCCUCAAGCAAUUCCUCGUCAUCUUCAACCACUCGAUAACCAAGUCGACAAAGUCCAGUGUCACGGAGGAGCGCAUCAACAUUAUCCUGCGAUAUCUCACCUACGAGGUGUACAAGUUCACGAACCGCAGCCUCUAUGAGCGGCACAAGCAACUGUUUACCCUGAUGCUGGCCAUCAAGAUCGACUAUCACAACGAGAACAUCAGUCACGAGGAGUUCUUGACGUUCAUCAAGGGCGGGGCCUCACUGGAUCUGAACGCUGUCACCCCAAAGCCCUUCCGCUGGAUCCUGGACAUCACCUGGCUCAAUCUGGUGGAGAUCAGCAAGCUGGAGACCUUUUCCACAGUUCUGCAGGUGAUUGAACUGAACGAGCGUGACUGGCGCACGUGGUACGAGUGCGAGAAGCCCGAGUACGAGGAAAUCCCCUGUGGCUACAAUGCCCUUCUGGACAGCUUUCGAAAACUGCUACUCAUUCGCUCCUGGUGCCCCGAUCGGACCAUAUCUCAGGCCAAGAAGUAUAUAGAAGAAUCUUUGGGAGGCGAGUACAGUGAGAUGCAGAUUCUGGAUUUGGAGGAAAUGUGGCUGGAGUCGGAGCCACGCACGCCCUUUGUGUGUCUUCUCUCCAUAGGAUCCGAUCCCACCACCCAAAUUGGGGCCUUGGCCAAGCAGAAGAGCAUAGGCCUAAAAUCUGUAUCGAUGGGACAGGGACAGGAGUACCAUGCCCGCAAAAUGAUAAUGGAAUCGAUGUCCACCGGCGGCUGGGUUCUGCUCCAAAACGUGCAUCUGUCGCUGCCCUUUUGCACCGAGAUUAUCGACAUGCUGGUGGAGUCGGAGCAUAUCGACGAGUCCUUCCGCAUGUGGGUCACCACUGAGCCGCACACCGAGUUUCCGAUUGGAUUGCUGCAAAUGGCUCUCAAGUUCACAAACGAACCACCCCAGGGGAUACGGGCCAGUCUAAAGCGCAGCUACCAGUCGUUCACCCAGGACUUCCUUGAUUACACCUCAGCCUCGCAGUGGCCCCCGCUGCUGUACACGGUGGCCUUUCUGCACACCAUCGUCCAGGAGCGACGAAAGUUCGGCCCUCUCGGCUGGAAUGUACCCUACGAAUUCAAUCAGGCCGACUUCGCGGCCAGCGUGCAGUUUGUCCAGAACCACCUGGACGAAAUGGAUCCCAAGAAAGGUGUCUCCUGGCAGACCCUGGUCUACAUGAUUGGAGAAGUCCAGUACGGGGGCCGGGUGACCGAUGACUUUGACAAGCGCCUGCUCACGACCUUCACCGCGGUCUGGUUCUGCGAGCAACUGCUGUCGAACUCCUUCGAGUUCUACAAGGGCUACAAGGUGCCGGGCACGAAGAGCCUUCAGGGCUUUAUCGAUUACAUAAACAGCUUGCCGGCGUACGAUACCCCAGAGGUGUUUGGCUUGCAUUCGAACGCCGACAUCACGUAUCAGAUAAAUUCAGCGAAAGGCAUCCUGGACACAAUACUGAGCGUACAGCCGAAGGAGGGUGGCGGCGGCGGGGGCGAAACAAGGGAGAGCAUUGUCUACCAACUGGCAGAUGACAUGCUACGCAAGCUCCCCGCCCAAUACAAUGCCUACGAUGUGCGUGAGAAUCUCAAUCGAAUGGGCAUCUUGUUGCCGAUGAACAUAUUUUUAAGACAAGAAAUCGAUCGAAUGCAGAGGGUUAUUAAGCGCGUGCACACCUGCCUCUGCGAUCUGAAGCUGGCCAUUGACGGUACCAUUGUGAUGAGUCCCGCCCUAAAGGAGUCCCUGGAUGCUAUGUACGAUGCCCGCAUACCAGAGACCUGGAUGAAGAUAUCCUGGGAGUCCACGACGCUGGGCUUUUGGUACACAGAGCUUCUCGAGCGCAACGGACAAUUUCGUACAUGGAUAUCAACGGAUCGUCCGAAGGUAUUUUGGAUGACAGGGUUCUUCAAUCCCCAAGGCUUUCUGACUGCUAUGCGGCAGGAAGUAACGCGAGCACACAAGGGCUGGGCACUGGACUCGGUUGUGCUGCAGAAUCAAAUAACGCGCUAUAACCGAGAAGACAUCACGGAGUAUCCAACGGAAGGAGUGUACGUCCACGGACUGUUUCUCGAGGGCGCCUCAUUGGAUCGGCGAAGCGGCAAGCUGAUGGAGUCCAAAAUGAAGGUCCUGUACGAGCAGAUGCCCGUCAUUUACAUAUACGCCAUAAACACCACAGCUGGAAAAGAUCCGAAACUCUACGAGUGCCCCAUCUACCGAAAGCCCCAGCGAACGGACCUCAAGUAUGUGGGCUCGAUUGACUUCGAGACCGAAUUCAAUCCCAAGCACUGGACCCUGCGUGGCGUGGCCCUGCUCUGCGACAUCAAGUAGAGAGCCCAAAGCCCAAAGUCAUUCUUUGCCCGUGUCCGUGCCUUUGUUUGCCGUCAUGUCAACUGCUCCACGAGACAGAGGGAGAGUACGUGAGUGGGGCUGCUAAUGGCAAUGUGAUAAUUAUCUUAUUUUUUGGGGCGAGCGUUCAAGUUUCGUGUAAUCUAGCGACUAGCGCAAAUACAACAAUAUUAAUUGGACCCUCGGGUGAGGACCAAAGAGACACACACCACGAGCACAGUUAUUAGCCUGUAAAACCAUUUGUUAGCCAACAAUAAAGACGCGUUUUCUCAUAGGGAGAGACAGAGAUCAGCACGUGAACUGCACGUGGGACCAUACGUGGAAUAAAUUAAAUAUAUAUCU